AUCUGUUUCAUGCCUAGGAGGGGAAGAAUUUGCGCAUGCCUCUACCUUCAACGGUAAGGCUGUCAAGUCGAUUAUCGAGUGCAGUCGAGUGUCGAGGUACAGAUCCUUUCUGAUUUCAUCACAAUGGCAGAUAAACAAAACUCCCAGAAAAGCGUCAAGAUUGCAGCAGGGGCUGUGGUGUGUGUUGAAAGUGAGAUCAAAGGAGAUGUUACAAUAGGCCCAAGGACAGUGGUUCACCCAAAAGCACGAAUUAUUGCAGAAGCGGGACCCAUUGUGAUCGGAGAAGGCAAUUUGAUCGAGGAACAAGCUGUCAUCAUUAACAGUUAUCCAGAAAACAUCACCCCAGAUGUCGAAGUGGAACCAAAGACGAUGACCAUUGGUAUCAAUAAUGUAUUUGAAGUUGGCUGUUUGUCACAAGCCCUCAAAAUUGGCGACAACAAUGUUAUCGAAUCAAAAGCUGAUGUAGGUAGGAAUGUAAUCCUAACCAGUGGCUGCAUCAUUGGCGCCUUCUGCCAGGUGAACACCUGCGAGGUCAUACCAGAGAACACAGUAAUUUAUGGUUCUGGAUGUAUGAGGCGGGUGCAGACUGAGAGACCACAGCCUCAAACUCUACAGCUCGAUUUCUUAAUGAAGAUUUUGCCCAACUACCAUCACUUGAAGAAAACCAUUAAAGCCAGCCACACUGCUAGUUAAACAUGCAACAUUGGAAUUGUGAAUAGCAAAAUCUGAAGUAGGUCAAGGUGAAAUGACAUAUGUACAUAUUACUCAACAUUAUUCUCAUCAGUACUUUUCCUUGCUGGUAUAUUCUACGAAGCCAAACACCUUUAUACCGCUCCUUCUGUGCUAAACUAUAUGAUCUGAUAAAUUAAACAUGCUCAGUUUUGUACUCAU